GUCCUCACAGUCCUGCAGUGUUUCGAGGAGGAAUGGAGAUGUGUAUCUAGUGUUUCCUUAUUUUCGAGCAGGAAAGCACAGGCUUGUUGACUUCCUCUCCUCCCUUCCUUCCUUCUCUGCGAAGGUACUCAUCUGAAAAAUGAGAACAAAGUGAUUCUUCCUGUUCUGUGUCUUAAGUCACUUCAAAUGCAGUUUGAGCGGCUCAUUGUGAGGAGCGCAGGGCGUGUGACAGGUUAUGGGCAAAUCCACAGCUGAAGCUCUAUUAAGCGAACCGAACACCAAUGAUCCGAGCAACCCGAACGUGUAACUUCCAGGUCUCUCCGAGUUCUCCCGAGGAACCAACAAACUUCAAGAUGGAUUCAAAAGACAGUUACGGCAAGCGGGCAGAUGAUUGCGCCACCAGAACCGUUGACCUCUCUCUCCUUCCGUACCCUUUCCCUCAACCUGUCCUGCCUCAACCCCACCGCUACGCCCCUGACAUGAUCGACCUCAACAGACUGCGACUGCAUCGUGUUAUCGGCCAGUAUGAUGGCAUACAGGUCAAACAGGAGACAGUGAAGCCACUGCCGCUGUGGCCCGCUUCCCCUCGCUUGCUCGUGCACUCCCCAUCGCCAUACUUUUCCCCGUUCCAUCCUAGUUUGGUCCCGUUCCCUUUCCUCCUGCCCGGCUCCGUCGCCCACUUCUCCCGGAACCCUUUCUACCAGAGCCAGGCGUUGAGGUACCAUCGUCGCAGAGGUCAAGAGGGCAGCAAAUACGCUCUGACCAGUGCUGAGAAACUAGGUUUGAACGUCCACGUAGACGACAGCUACUACGUCGACGUAGGUGGCGGUCAAAAGCGCUGGAAGUGCCGCAUGUGCGAAAAGUCGUACACCUCCAAAUACAACCUCAUUACACACAUCCUGGGGCACAGCGGCAUCAAACCGCACGGCUGCACCCUCUGCGGGAAGCUCUUCAAACAGCUGAGCCACCUGCACACGCACAUGCUCACUCAUCAGGGCGCGCGGCCGCACAAAUGCCAGGUGUGUCAUAAAGCCUUCACGCAGACCAGCCACCUGAAGAGACACAUGAUGCAGCACAGCGACGUCAAACCGUACAGCUGCAGCGUCUGCGCACGUGGCUUCGCGUACCCCAGCGAGCUGCGCGCCCACGAGCUGAAGCACGAGCGAGGUCAGGAGAACGUCUGCGUGGAAUGCGGACUGGACUUCCCGACGCUGGCUCAGCUGAAACGGCACCUGACGGUGCACCGCGGGCCGGUCCAGUACGACUGCAGCGAGUGCGGGAAGAGCUUCCAGUAUCCGAGCCAGCUGCAGAAUCACAUGAUGAAACACAAGGACAUUCGGCCGUUCAUCUGCAGUGAGUGCGGGAUGGAGUUUGUCCAAUCACAUCAUCUCAAGCAGCACACACUGACACACAAGGGAGUGAAGGAGCACAAGUGUCGCAUCUGCGGCCGUGAGUUUACGCUGCUCGCCAACAUGAAACGCCACGCUCUGAUUCACACCAACAUCCGGGCGUAUCAGUGCCACCUGUGCUACAAGAGCUUUGUCCAGAAACAAACGCUCAAGGCUCAUAUGAUCGUCCACUCGGAAAUCAAACCCUACAAAUGCAAGCUGUGUGGAAAGGAGUUUAACAGAAUGCAUAAUCUCAUGGGCCACAUGCACUUGCAUUCUGACAGCAAACCCUUCAAAUGUCUUUACUGCGCCAGCAAGUUCACUCUGAAGGGGAAUCUGACCCGCCACAUGAAGGUCAAACACGGGAUCAUGGAUCAAGGACUGGACGCCCGAGUGUUCAGGCGUCACAGGCGGUUGUGUCUCUCGGCCCCGCUGCGGAUUCUGUCCCGCAUCCGUCAGGAAGAGCCCUUUGAUCUGUCGCAGAAGCCCCACGGGCAGCUUCGACUUUCUCAAUCUGAUGGCGAGAGUGUCCGCGGCGGGAGCUCCAGUCGAGAGGAAGACGAGGACAGUCUGUACAGAAUGAGCCAGUACAGUCCUGAUGUCUACAACCCAGCGCUGGAGGCCAGAAAGGCUGAUGAUGAAGAUGACGGGGAGGACGAUGAGGCCCAUGAGGAGAAGAAAUGUUACGUUGACAAAGAGGAGCAUCAGAGCAGAAGUUACUGUGAGAGUCAACAGAGCUCCGUCUCUGAUGCAGAACUCGACACACACUGACAAACACACUGUGAAGGAUCAUGUUUAAAGAGACAGUACACCCAAAAAUAAAAACUCUCUCAUCAUUUACUCACCCUCAUGUCACCCCGUGUAUGACUUUCUUUCUUCUGCAGAGCACGAAUAU